AUGGGGGUUUCUGAAGCCAAAGCGGGCGACAAUGGAGAGAGCCAGGUCUUCCAGCAGGACCCGGAGCUUCCACAGCUCACUACCACCACCGAGCGCAAGUUGAUGGCCAAGAUUGACUGGCACAUCUUGCCUUGCCUGUGUGUUCUCUAUCUACUUGCCUUUUUGGACCGGGUGAAUAUCAGUAAUGCGGCGCUUUUCAACCUCAAAACCGACCUGCAUAUCGAGACAGGAACGAAGUACAACACGGCCCUCACUAUAUUUUUUGUGCCAUAUGUUCUUUUUGAGGUGCCUUCCAAUGUUCUGCUCAAGAAGCUGAAGCCUCAUGUGUGGUUGUCGUUUUGCAUGUUCAUGUUUGGCCUGGUAAUGAUCUGCCAAGGACUCGUCUCAAGCUGGGGAGGCCUGAUGGCGGCGCGGUUUUUUCUGGGUGUGUUCGAGACGGGCAUGUUCCCUGGAUGUUUCUAUUUGAUGGGAAUGUGGUAUAAGCGAUCCGAGGCCCAGAAGCGCUUCAGUUUCUUUUUCAGCUCUACCACCCUGGCCGGUGCCUUUGGUGGACUCUUGGCUUACGGCUUUGGCCAGAUGGGCGGAGAUCGAGGAUAUAGCGGUUGGAGAUGGGUGUUCAUCAUAGAGGGUGUGAUCACUUGCGUUGUUUCCUUCGCCUGGUUCUUCCUCCUCCCUGAUUUCCCCGAGGAUGUCAAAUGGAUGAACGAAGAAGAGCGGGAAUUCAUUCGCGCGAAACUGGCCAAGGAUGUGGGCAAAUCUGCACAUCAUAUCCCAAUAGGCUGGCGUGAAGCAUUGGCUGUCUUUAAGGACUACAAGAUCUUCGUUGGAGGAUUCAUGUACUUCGGCCUCAUUGUCCCGGCCUAUGGAUAUGCGUAUUUUGCGCCUCAAAUUAUCGAGGGCUAUGGAUACAGUGCCGUCAAGACCCAGCUUUACUCCAUUCCACCCUGGGCGGUGGCAUUCGGCUUUUCGCUGAUGAUCGCGUUUUCCUCUGACCGGCUGAAACACCGCUUUGCAUUCACCCUAUUCCCAAUUGCAGUCGCAAUCGUCGGGUUUGCAAUGUUGCUGAACAUCCAUGGGGUUAGUAAUACACACGCUGAGUACGCCGCCCUUUUCUUGGUGACGAGCGGCUGCUACAGCGCAAUGCCCGUCAUUGUGUGCUGGUUCGCCAUGAAUCUGGGUGGCCACCACCGGCGCAGCGUCGGAACGGCUUGGCAGAUUGGAUUUGGCAACAUCGGGGGUAUCAUUGCUGCCUACUCCUUUCAGACCCAGGAUGCUCCACAAUACCGCCCAGGCUUUAUUAUCUGCAUCUCCUUCAUCUGUCUUUCUGCUGCAUCGUGCGUUGUCUACUUUGCGGCUCUGCGUUUUGAGAACCGAAAGAGGGACAGGGCGGCAGUUGAUCCGGCGACUGUGGAUGAGGAGGAGGAGGAGUUUUUGGGCGACAUGGCGCCCACUUACCGGUACCAGUACUAA